AUGUUCUCUUCGACAAUUGGCAUUCUUGCCCUAUCCACUCUCGCCGUGGCGCAUGGGGACCACAGCCAGAUCGCACUGGGCCCGCACCAGGGACUGUGGUACAACACCCUCCCCGGAGACGGAGGCACCCAGGCCGACUCGGUGUUCUCUGGCAUCUCGACCUUCGGCCGACUGCCCUAUUUCCCAUGCCUGUCCAGCGAAGCUGAAAGAUACGACAUUGCGUUCCUAGGAGCUCCCUUUGACACGGGUACUUCGUACAGACCAGGAGCACGGUUCGGACCCAGUGGAAUUAGACAAGGUUCUCGCCGUCUCAAUCUUUACGGAGGCUACAAUGUCCCGUUGGAGGCGAAUCCGUUUAGUAGCGAUAUGCGGAUCAUGGAUUGUGGUGAUAUCCCGGUGACGUCAUAUGACAACGCUUGGGCCAUCAAGCAAAUCGAAGAAGGCCACAACAGUGUGCUUAUGCGCAAGCCGUUUACCAAUGCCGACCAGUAUGGUCUGUCCCGGGCUGGGAAGACUCUUCCCCGGGUCAUCACUCUAGGGGGGGACCACACCAUCACACUGCCGCUGCUGCGCAGUAUCAGCAAGGCCUACGGACCCGUGACGGUGAUCCACUUUGAUAGUCACCUAGACACCUGGAAACCCAAGGUGUUCGGUGGUGCGCCCAGCGACGUGGCCGCGAUCAACCACGGCACCUACUUCUACCAUGCUGCGAUGGAGGGUCUCCUCAAGAACGACACCAACAUCCACGCAGGAAUCCGCACGACGCUGUCCGGACCGUCGGACUAUGAGAACGAUGGGUACUGUGGAUUCGAAAUCGUCGAGGCCCGCGAGAUCGAUACCAUUGGCACGGACGGUAUCAUCAAGAAGAUCCGGGAUCGAGUGGGGACUGAGAACCCAGUUUAUCUCUCGAUCGAUAUCGACACUUUGGACCCAGCUUUUGCGCCAGCCACUGGAACUCCCGAGACGGGCGGCUGGUCUACGCGCGAACUGCGGACGAUCAUCCGUGGACUGGAUGGAUUGAACUUCAUCGGGGCGGACAUUGUUGAGGUGGCUCCGGCAUAUGACACCAAUGCCGAACUGUCCACUAUGGCGGCCGCCGACGUGCUGUAUGAGGUGCUCACGAUCAUGGUCAAGAAAGGACCAUUGUCCAUCAGUAGUCCAGCCCACGAGCAGCUGUGA